AUGCAGAUUACUUCAAAUGAAGCAAGAUAUGGUGGCUGGGUCUGCGCUGGGCUUUCCCUGGCCAUCUUGAUCGUCAGAAUCGUGACUGCAAGGAUCAGACAAGGAGCAUUCGAAAUCAGCACCGUACUCUGCAUCAUUGCGAUGGCUAUGAUUGGAGGCCGUUUAGCUGCCAACCAGUAUAUUCUCAGUUAUGGGACUGCAAAUGAUGCUCUACAUUCGAAAUCGCAUUACUUCGACUCCCAUAACAUCGACAGGAUCAAAACUGGCAGUGUCCUCGCCUUGAUCGUGCGACUUUUGGACACUACGUUCUACUGGCUUCAGAUUUCACUUUUAUUGCUAUUCUACUCGCGGAUCUUCGAAGUGCGGCCGAGGUGGAUCACCAUAUCUAUCCGGACUUGUUGGCUUGCCAUAGCCUUGUCCUAUGUCGCGGUUGUUCUCGCCACAUUUCUCGAAUGUCGUCCUUUUCGACUGUAUUGGCAGAUCAAACCCGAUCCUGGCCGAUGUGUACGAGCAUACAUUCAGGUCCUCACCCAGGCCAUCUCAAACAUUGUACUCGACCUGAUGCUGUUGGCCAUUUCAUCUCCUCUUGUUCUGGUCCGCAAUCGCAGUCUGUCAGAAAAGUUUAGAUUGGGUCUUCUGUACUGCCUGGGGUUUUUUUGUAUCGUGGUAACAGGCGUACGCAUUGGAUACAUCUUUGCAGAAGCAUCGUACCAGCCGGUCCGGAGCUUCUGGGCGUCGGUUCAAAUCCUGGUCUCAACUUUCGUUGCAAACGUCCCUACGAUAUAUGGCUGUAUAAAAUUGAUCAGGCGUCGGAGAUCCGAACAGACCGCAAGGCGUGGUAGCCGUCCAGAAAUUUGGCUGCAGGUCCAAGCAAGCAACGAAAGCAAUACUUCAUCGGUGGUACCGCUUUUCAACCGACGAAGCGAUGGGUCUUUCGAAAAAGGAUGGUUACGCUUCAUCUCUUGA